AUGGCGCCACCAGCUAAAACCUUCACUCGUGAAGAGGUGCGAGAGCACACCACCGAGGAUUCGUUAUGGUGCAUCAUUGACAGCAUCGUUUAUGAUCUCAGCGAGUUCAUCAUGGCCCACCCUGGAGGCGAGAGCGUCCUGCAGCAGGUCGCUGGCCAGGAUGCCACAACCGCCUUCUACAACCUCCACCGUCAAGAAGUCUUGACCAAGUAUGCCGACCUUGCAAUUGGUACUAUCAAGGACGAGAAGCCCCAGGUUAUUGUCCCCAAGCCCGGUGACCUCAGUCCUGUUCCCUAUGCCGAACCGCUCUGGUUGGUCGAACACUUCAAGAAUCCAUACUACAAUGACUCUCACCGUCGCCUGCAGAAAGCUCUGCGUGAGUUCACUGACAAGCACCUGAUUCCUGAGGCACAGGAAUGUGAGUCCACUGGGCGUGCUAUCAGUCAGGAUAUGAUCGAUCUCAUGAGCAAGAAGGGAAUCCUCCACAUGAGACUCGGCCCUGGUAAGCAUCUGCACGGCGUCAACUUGAUGGACGGCGCGGUCAAGGGAGAGGAAUUCGACUACUUCCACGACAUGAUCGUUGCUCAAGAGUUUGCCAGAACCAUGACCCGUGGCUUCCAGGACGGCAACAUGGCUGGUAUGACUAUUGGUCUGACUGCCGUGCUCAACUUCGCCAAGAAUGAGGCGUGGAAGAAGAACAUUGCCGACCAAGUCUUUAGCGGCAAGAAGAAGCUCUGCUUGGCUAUCACAGAAGCCUUUGCUGGUUCUGAUGUUGCUGGUCUCAGAACAACUGCUCAAAAGACACCUGAUGGCAAGCACUAUAUUGUCAAUGGCACAAAGAAGUGGAUCACCAACGGUACCUUCUGCGAUUACUUCGUUACCGGCGUUCGUACGGACAAGGGUCUCAGCGUGGUCCUGAUUGAGAGAGGUGAGGGUGUUGAAACCAAGCCCAUCAAGACGUCGUACUCUCCGACCGCCGGAACCAGCUACGUCACCUUUGAUAACGUCAAGGUCCCCGUCGAGAACCUCUUGGGUGAGGAAAACAAGGGCAUCCACGUCAUUCUCAGUAACUUCAACCACGAGCGGUGGACCAUGGUUUGUGGCUCUAUCCGAAACUCCCGCAUGAUUGUCGAAGAGUGUCUCAAGUGGGCCAACCAGCGUCUCGUCUUCGGCAAGCGUCUCAUUGACCAACCCGUCAUCCGUCAGAAGCUCGCCAAAAUGAUUGCCCUUGUCGAAGCCAACCACUCAUGGAUGGAGACAAUCACCUACCAAAUGUGCAACAUGCCAUACAAGCUGCAAGCCCAACAUCUCGCCGGCCCCAUCGGUCUCCUCAAGAUGAGCACCACUCGUGCCGCUCAUGAAAUCGCCGACGAAGCUGUCCAGAUCUGGGGUGGCCGUGGCCUAACACAGACUGGCAUGGGCAAACACAUCGAAAUGUUCCAUCGAACCUAUAAAUUUGAUUCUAUACUGGGUGGGGCCGAAGAGAUUUUAGGCGAUUUAGGCGUCAGACAGGCUGUAAAGAACUUCCCCAAGGCCAUGCUAUAG